AUGGCAAAACGUAGUAAUAAAUCAAAAAGUAAAAAAGAAAAAGAGAAAGAAAAAGAAAAAGAAAAAGAAAAUGAAGUGGAAGAAAGUAUACUUUCUGAAAAAAAUGUAAAAGAUGUAAAACCAACGGUAUUGAAAAGGCUGAGAAGAAGAUCGUCUAUUACUAUCUCUAAUGAAGAUGAGGAAUAUGAUAAAGAGGUUGCAGAUGACGAUGAGUUUAUGGGUAGUGAUAAAGAUGCAGAUGAUGACGAUGAUGACAUUGGCACUGCUACUUCGACCAGUGAUUUCUCGUACGAAGACGAUGAAGAUGCUAUAGAAGAAGAUCUACCGUUGGACGAUGACGACGCUCCCCAAAUAGACGAGGAAGACGAAGAAGAAGAGGAAGACGAAGACGAAGAUUUCUACUAUCAGAUACCCAGUGAUGAGGAGCGCGACCUUCAAGACAACACACUACACGAACUUGACAAGAAUGAAAUGAUAUUGCCCGAUGACGAGCUUAUUCUAAUAGAAAUACUAAAUGAAGAUCCUGGUAUCUUGGUAGAUGCUGAAUAUUCAUUAAUUGGAUUGGAAACAGAAUCACCUCUACUACAGAUUGGCAAUAGAAUAUUCAAAGGCUAUUAUCAAGAUGUAGUCGGUACAGAGAUGUUCUUUAAAAAUAUAAAAAGAGCUCAAACUAAUGUAGUAGCAGAGGUCUUUAAAGAUAUUCAAUUAGAUAGUAAUAAUAAUAAUAAUAAUAAUAAUAAUAAUAAUAAUAAUAGUAGUACAGAAACUAUAAAUCAAACAACAGAUCCCAACAAUAACAAUAAUAAUGACACUAACAACAAUAAUAACAACAACAAUAAUAAUAAUAUAGAAAACAAUAAUAAUAUUACAAUUGGUUCAUUAAAAGAUGAUAGAGUAGAUCAACUAAUAUAUGUAAACAAAACCAAAAAGAAAAUUGUAUUUACAAAUGUACCAAAUCUUAAACCGAAAUCACAGAUUCCAACAACACCUUCAAUGUUACUCAGAGACCAAAUUCCCAAAUCUGUUCAAUCUUCUCAAAAACAAAAAUAA